GCCUCGUAAAUGGCAUAUACCGAUAAUACUGAGUAGCAGACUUUAUACCAAGUGAACCGACAGUAUGUACCAACUAUGAAUUGUGCAGGAGAAGAAGACGACCCGUUUCCUGUUGAAGACUGUCUGUUUGCGGAGACAUUUUCUCAAGACACCGUGUACACGUUGGCUGGCCAGCAGCUGAAGAUCAGACAGGUGUUCGGGGCAAGCCUCGGCGUGGCUUCCCGGGUCUGGGAAUCUGCGUUACACCUGUGUGGUUACUUGGAGGAGCAGUUUGUGGAGUUGAGAGGAAAGCGCGUCAUAGAGCUGGGAGCAGGGACCGGGGUGGUGGGGAUCCUGGCAGCACGCCUCGGUGCAGUGGUGACCCUCACAGACCUUCCUAAGGUUCUCCCACAACUUCAGGCCAACGUCUCUGCUAACAUGCCGUACAGUGGUUGGCCCACAUCCCUUCCCAAUGUCCUCCCUCUGUCCUGGGGUGAGGACCACAUUAACUUCUCUUCUGACUGGGAUCUUGUGCUCUGUGCAGAUAUUAUUUACCUCCCAGAGACCUUUCUACUGUUAGUGGAGACACUAACUCAUCUGUGCAAGAAUGGAGCCAUGGCAUAUCUCUCAUCUAAAAUGCGAAAAGAACAUCAGACUCCAGGUUUCUAUGAAGAAUAUCUCCCAUGUAGAUUUAACGUGCAGCUUGUGCACCAAGAUGACAAACAAAACAUUAACAUCUACAGGGCAUCUCUGAGGAAAGACCAGUGACAGCAGGGACCACCUGCAAGACUUUGUUACUGUAAUGUCACCAUGUGUGCCUUAAGCAACAAUCUAUUUAUAAAAAACUGCAAAACAACUGUUAAAGAAGUGUUAUACAAAAUGAACAGCUAUCAUCUUGGAUGAGCUGCACCAAAUUGGUACAACUACAACUUGUUACAAUUAUCUGGAUAUACAAUCUGUAGCGAAUUGUUUUUCAACUUCAGGCUCAUAAUCACAUGACGGGUUUUUCCUGUGAAUUUACCUCUUUUUCUUUUUAACUUUAUGUUGUCAUUAUCAUGCACAAUGCAUUUUAUUAUAACACAUGCUCACAACAAAGUCUGUGAAUUAUCUUGAUUAACCGGGUCAUUAAAGAGACAUUGCUUUUGAGUUUUUCAAAUGUUUUGUUUUGGUGCUUUUAGCACUACAAGCCAAGAGAUCUCUAGUUCCAUUAAAAUGGAGAGAAGGCAGACAUAUCAGCAGCAUAUACUAUCUCGCAAACAAACUAUCUUGAUUUAAAAUAGCUCUACAGAUAAAUGCAAACAGAGACAGUGAACUGUCCCUUUCAAGGCCCUGAAAACCUAAUGUUUUCCAUUAGCUGCUCACUAUUAGUGACCGGGUCAUGAACACUACAUUUUUCUACCAAAGUUAUCAAGUAUUUGUUUAUUUGAAGAAAAAGUGUCUGUUUUUUUCUUUCUUUCUUUCUUUCUUUGGUGUUCUAACAUCACAUACUGCAUGCAGGAGGGGUUACAUUUUUUUAAUUAAAAUGUAAUGUCAUGCUUGGA